AGCAGUGUCGGUUUAUAGCAAAGUCUCAAACCUGUCCCAUUUAACCCUAAAAAUCAAGCCAAAAACGACGUAUUUUAGAGGCCUUCAGAGCCCUAUAGUCGGCGCUCCCGGCUGCUGAAGGGACUAAGACUGUCGGGGUACCAUGAGUGACGAUGAAGAAGAUCUUUUGGACGAGGACGAAUCGCUUAGAGAUUUGAGUGUUUUACGAAGCAGAGAUACUGCGAGGAGAAAACGUUGCCUUGAUUCCCUUGCUAAGCUAAUUGAUGUUUGGAUCACCCCAGAUGAGGAGAAUGUAGAUCAAGAUGGGAAAAAGGCCCUUACAGAGAUUUUACCGUCCAUUUUAAUGCUCUCUUUACGAUGUCCUUUCCCAGAUGUAAGAGAAAAAUGCUCUGAAAUCAUCGACAAUGUGAAGAAAAAAGGGUUUCGAACUCCUAGACCGCUUUUCAAGGGACCAUCUUCUUUCAUUCCUUCUAAAGAGAUUCCACCUAUCGACACAGAUGAUGAACAAACUCACACGCUCCUUGUAGAGUCAUUUUUGUCUGCUGGGCGUGUGUCCAGUGUGACAGCAGUCAUGUCAAUCCACCCACAGUACUUGGAGUGGUUCUCUAGGACAGAGUUUUAUAUUAUGCAGGGAGAAGGUCCAUUACCCUUUGAUUGGAGACACUACAUUGCUAUUAUGGCUGCAAGUCGACAUCAGUGCUGUUAUCUUGUGAAUAUCUACGAAAUAGAGUUCUUGCGGUUUAAUGGCAACAAGCAGUGGUUGAAAGGAAUUCAGCAUGUACCAAGAAAGUUACAGCUCUUGUCAGACAUCAAUAAAUACUUAGCUCACCAGCCAUGGUUGAUUGAACCACGCCACAUUGAGACACUGCUUAAAGGCGAGGAUAACUGGUCAUUAUCUGAGCUUGUGCAAGCAAUCGUCAUUCUAGCACACUUCCAUUCCCUGGCCAGUUUUGUAUUUGGCUGUGGUGUUGUAGCAGAAAUUGACCAGGAAUCUGGACACACAUUUCGACCACCAUCUAUGACUGACAGCACCCAAUCAAGCUUCGAUAACUCUGCUGUCAAUAGCAAUAUUGUGGACAACAAUGAAUUCAUGACUGGAGAUGAACUAGUAGCAAGAAUGGAAGAAGCUCUAGCUUAUCAAGAAAAAAUCAUGGAAGCUUCCCAGGAAGAGUUAUUUCACUAUUUUGAAAAACUUGAAAGUGGAGAAUUGGCCCAAUCAUCAAGUGAAACAGCCAAGACUCAAGAGUGUUUAGUAUCUGAUGUUGCCCACUACAUUCAAGAUGCCAAGUUUAGAUAUAAAGACUUUGCAAGCAGAGAGCACACUGAAAUAUCAACGUAUCGUAUUGGGGAUUGUUCAUGGGAGGAACAUGGCUACUCACUAGUAAACAGACUUUAUCCUGACAUAGGAACGAUACUAGAUGAGAAGUUCAGUUCAUCUAUGAGCCUGACUUAUUUAACGCUUGGUGACAAAACUAAUGUUGACACUACAUUAUUUCGGCGAGCGACAUGGAAUUAUAUCCACUUGAUAUUUGGGAUAUAUCAUGAUGACUAUCUUUACACCGAGGUCAACAAACUAAUGGAGAGAUCUUACAAAAGAUAUAUAAAAACUGUAGCAACAUGCCCAGAAAAGACAACUCAAGAAGACUACAUGGAGUUUAUGCCUCAGCUGACACAUUCUGAAAGGGUUCACAUCAACCUUCUUCUGUUGGAGGCCAGGCAACAAGCAGAGUUACUGUAUGCAGUCAGAGCUAUUCUGAAGUACAUGAAAUGAAGAAACAGAUAGCAAGUUUGGCAUCAAUAAACCUUUUUCCAGUACAAUGCCAGUGACCGCUGUUUUAGUAGACAAAAAACUCACUUGCUUAUAGAGGACAUUAGCAUGAAAAAAUGUCAAUAGCUCUAGAAAUUUGAAUCUUCUAUGAUUUGAGGCUUAGCCUGAGCAAGACAUUGAAUCUUCUUGGAAUACAGGCUUAAGGCUAUUGUAAUGACAAAUUUUUUUGUGAUUUCUUUUAUUUUUGGUCAGGUCUUUGUGUGUGAGAGACUGUUGUCAACUAAAUCAGCUGUUGUUCGCUUUGAACUGAAAAAAAGGCGUAUUACUUAUCAUUGAUAGAGAAUGUUUUAUAGAAAAUAUAGUCUGUAUAUUAUAAUUUCUUGAUAAGACUGACACCUCACUGAGGAAGAUGCAUCUGAGACACCUGCAAUAGGCCAUUAUAUAUGAUGACAUCUGAGACAUCGUGUUUUACGUCUGUUUUAAUUCCCUCUGGAUAUUACUCAACAAUGGCUGACAGUGUUCAGCUGAUUUUAAUUACUCAUGUUAAUGACAUUAUAAAACAUGUAAUGGGCAAAAUAUUCUAGAAAUUGUAGUGAUGAUGCUGUCAUUCAAUAAAUAGCUUAUUGACAGCCAUACAUCACUAAUAACAGACCAAAAAAAACUAAGUUAUAUCAAUAAGGUUUCUGAUAGACUUACAGCGGAUUUCGUAUGACUGUGCGAAGGCACGGAUCACAACACAGACACAGCACAGUCAUGGAACCUCGCCUGGUAGUGAUCCAAAUAAAAACAAGGAAACAAGAAUACAUCGUAACCGUCACUGCACAGUACAGACAUGACACGAAAGUGCAGUGUUUUUUUGCACAGUCCUACGAAAUCCACUCUAGUAUGACCAUCUGUUAGUGAUGUGUUUGAUUUGGUUUUGUGUGAAGUCUUGAGAAAGACUUUCUUCGACACUUGACAAAAUAUAUAAGGCUUUCCCAUGGAGAGGAGUCUCAGGUGAUACAUUAUCUCCGUCUUUUUGAGUGGAUUGUCAGUUCGCAGCUAUAAAACAGGAGGAUGAUGCUACAUUUCAUUAGCUUGUUGGGAUUGACCAGCAAGGUUAGUAUUGGUUUCAAAGUACGAGUGAUAAAUAAUUAUUGCAUGUAGGACAUCAAUUGGGAGCAAUGGAUUCAACCUCAGUGACAUCAGUUCUUCAGAUUGUAACCAUGCUUUUAUACAGUAAUUUUAGACUUGUAGAUCUUCAUAUGACUUCAUGUGUCUUGUUGCUAGUGUUAAAUAGCUUAUGUUUACUUUAUAAAGAACAGCAAUGACACAUAAGGGUUGCAGGAAGUAUUGGCAUGUUGUUUAGAAAAAGAGAUUUAGAUUUUUUAUGUUUUGAUAUACAAAAAUAUGACAGCAACAAUGUAAAUAGAGUUUGUAUAUUAUAUUGUUUCAGUUUCUUAUUUCCUUGCAACAUUUGAUGUGUUGUUGAUUAAUAUAUUUAGGGAAUUGUUGCAUUGUUUCCUGUACAAUUGUGUCAAGAAGGAGUGGGAGGAGAAGAUAAGGCAUUAUUUAGACAUGCCAUUUCUCCCUAUUGGGUUGUUGUUGCUCUUGGAACACUUUUUGAAUUAGUCUGACUUGAGAAUCGGUAAAUUCAGUCAUAAAUGUGUUUUUCAAAUUAAGAAUGUUUAUAGAGAGUUUUUAUGUUCAAUAACUUAUUUAAAGUUAGCUUAGUCACUACCUUUUCUCUGUCAGCUCAUGCAAAACAGCAGGAUACCUUUGGUCCUUGAGGCUUAUUUGAGUAGCCUGGCUAAACCCUUGCAAGUUAAGGGAGUAAUGCUGAGUGAGGGACAGAGUUAGCUAGGGAUGGGGCUAAUUCGGAGUGUAUUAGUGAAGAAUGAUGAAAGAUAUAAACUGGUAUUAAACAAUAUUUCUAAAACA